CUUUUCUGAACACCCACGCCCGGAGUUCAGUUACGCCCAUCCACAGUUCGACAAAAUGGCCACCACUCAAACCGCAAUCUCCAAGAGGAGAAAGUUCGUUGCUGACGGUGUCUUCUACGCCGAGCUGAACGAGUUCUUCCAGCGCGAGCUGGCUGAGGAGGGCUACUCCGGCGUCGAGGUCCGCGUCACUCCCACCGUCACCGACAUCAUCAUCCGCGCCACACACACCCAAGAGGUUCUUGGAGAGCAGGGUCGCCGCAUCCGUGAGCUCACCUCGCUCAUCCAGAAGCGCUUCAAGUUCCCCGAGAACUCCGUCUCCCUCUACGCCGCCAAGGUCCAGAACCGUGGUCUCUCUGCCGUCGCCCAGUGCGAGUCCCUCCGAUACAAGCUUCUCAAUGGUUUGGCCGUCCGAAGGGCUUGCUACGGUGUCCUGAGGUUCAUCAUGGAGUCUGGUGCCAAGGGUUGCGAGGUCGUUGUCUCCGGAAAGCUCAGGGCCGCCCGUGCCAAGAGCAUGAAGUUCACUGACGGUUUCAUGAUCCACUCUGGUCAGCCCGCUAAGGACUUCAUCGACCACGCUACCCGCCACGUUCUGCUCCGCCAGGGUGUGCUCGGCAUCAAGGUCAAGAUCAUGCGCGGCUCCGACCCCGAGGGCAAGGCCGGCCCAUCCAAGUCUCUUCCCGACUCCGUCACCAUCAUCGAGCCCAAGGAGGAGCAGCCCGUUGUCCAGCCCAUGUCGCAAGACUACGGCGCCAAGGCCAUUGCCGCCCAGCAGGCUGCAGAGCAGGCCAGGCAGGCGGAGCAAGGCGAGGCCGAGGCUCAGCCAGCUGGUGAGGGUUACUCUGGGGAGCAGUAGGUUGAUGAUUGGUUGCGGGCGCAAUGAGGUUACGAAAAAGGCAUUUAGCGAAAGGGUAUGAUGCCAUUACGAACCCUGACACAACUUCCUUUGCACAUUCGAAACGGACUGGGCUUCUUUUGAGAGGGGGGGAAACACGGAGUCUCUACUGCUUCACUGCUAUGUACUCAAUCAAACCACCCAAACAUCAAAGAUGGCUUUGACCACCGGAAAA